UGCAGUGUAUCGUUGACAUUUCAGCUACUUCUAAGACCAUUGUUUCUUGGUUGCCCCUUGAGAUGCUUUUUUUUUUUUUUUACUUUAUGGGACAUUGUAGGCAUUUUGACAAUGCACUAGGAUUUUUUAUUAUAAAACUUUAUGUUAAAACAACAUUGCAUACGUAAUACCUACAGUUUAGAAGUUACAGAUUUCUUUAUAUUAAUGCAGUAAACAGUAAUAAGAGGGGUGGAAGAAGCAUGCAAAUAAGGACCAGAAUCCACAGAGGUAUUUUUUCUAAACUAGUCUUCCUCUGCCACAUCUUCAACCCCUCCUGGAAGGUCUGAUGCGUCCCCUGUUGGCUGCUUAAUGGAGCUGUGACUGCUGCUGGGAGGGUGAAUUCCAGCCCUAAGAUACAAUGCAAUGGAAAACCAACUUGGAAUCCCAAACCUGGGGUUGCAUGUUGUCACCUCUUUAUAUUCCGAGUAGUUUAGGACCAUGGAGAAGAGAUUGUAAGUAGUAUUUUUUCUAAAUUUUCAAUUUACUCUUUAUAUAUUUUAGAAUAUUAAUGAAUUUUUAUUAAAACAAUGUAUAGUGGUGGUUUAGUCACUAGUUGUGUCCGACUCUUGGCGACCCCACGGACUGUAGCCUGCCAGGCUCCUCUGUCCAUGGGAGUUCCCUGGGCAAGAAUACUGGAGUGAGAUGCCAUUCAUUUCCUUCUCUAGAAAUCAUCCCAACCCAGGAACUGAAUCCUAGUCUCCUGCAUUGCAGGCGAAUUCUUUAUACCACUGAGCUGCCAGGGAUGUAUAUAUAUAGUUUUAGUAGUACUUCAGUGCUUACAAGCAAGUUAGUUCCCUGCUCCUUUCUUUCCCAUUUCUCAGGGUUUCAUUUCAGCCUUUAGUUUUUUCCUAGCACUUUGGUUUCAGAGUGCUAAGUAAAAUGCUUAUACAGCUAUUUCUCAAUUUGAUAGGUAAGGAUUUCUGCCUUUUUACCCACCCCCCCUUUUUUUUCCUAAAUCAGCAUCAUUGUUUACAUUAUAGUCACCAUAUUUUCUAUUCAUUUCUGAACCAGAUGGUUUCCUGUGCUUACAUUACCAUUCUCAGGACAUCUUGUCUUGGUUUUAUACACACAUCAUUUAACUCUUCCAGAACAGUCCCAGUAAGUCUGCAAAACUCCUCUUUAGUCUCUUUGUCACAUAGUCAAUGCCCCAAAGAAUAUUGAAUUCUUUGUUGUUUCAGUCUAGACUACCUUCUCUCAUCUGAGUGUACAGCUGUUGCCUGAGAUUCCAUGCUGGGAUCUGUUUUCCACUCAAGUUGGAUUCCACAUCUGGACCCCAUGUCUUCACGAUGAGAUUAAAGUUAAGUCACUCAGUCGUGUCCAACUGUUUGCGAUCCUGUGGACUGUGGCCCACCAGGCUCCUCCGUCCAUGGGAUUCUCCAGGCAAGAAUACUGGAGUGGGUUGCCAUUUCCUUCUCCAGGGGAUCUUCCUGACCCAGGGAUUGAACCUGGGUCUCCCACAUCACAGGCGGAUGCUUUACCCUCUGAGCCAUUACUUCCCUGUUAAAAUGGAAUGAGUGAAACUUCUGGAAAUGAGUGUGUGGGAGGUCAAUUAUGUUGAAACUUUACGUGUCUAACAGGUACUUUGGCUUGGUAUAUAAAAUUCUAGGUAGAAAACCAAACUCGGAAUUUUGAAGGCAUUGCUCUACUCUAAUUAAAAGUGUUGCAACAAUGUCUGAUGCAGUUUUACUUUGUGAUUUGUUUUGUUUUGUUCUUUGAAUCUCUGUCUCUGCUGUAAAAAUGUGUGGUACUGUGUUUUGGUAGACUGGCGAUCUGGGAAAUACUAAGUUCUUGACACCACCCUCCCAUCCUCCACGUAGACACAUGCACAUUGUCUAUGAGCUGGAACUCCCAUGAAAUGGUAGAGCUGCUGGAUUGAGCCUCUGGCCUUACUUCUUUUUCUUUCUGGGAGAGAUUGUAACAGCUUUUAAAUCUUGCUGUUGCAUUAUAUUUUUAGCUAACAUGAAAUUACCUGCCUGUAUUUAGCUCCUUACUUCACUGUUGCCUUCAGUUCCUGAGCCUACUUGAAUUCUAUAGGGUCCAUCACUUACUCAGCAGUGAUGGUCCUGUGACUGUCUGCUAAGGUACGUACCAACCACUCUCUCCUUCCUAUAUUCAAUACAUUUGCUGAAAUCUUGCUCAGUAUUGCUACCUCCUAUGUUUAUUAUUAUGGCUCUAUAACUUUUAUUCUGCCUUUUUUAUUGGAAUUUUGGGAGGAAGAAGUAGUAAGCAAGUAUUAAUUAUACAUUAAAUUUAUGAUUAUAUUAUAUAUUUAAUUUAUAUAUAUUUUAUAUAUAUUUAUAUAUAAAUAUAUAUUUAUAUAUUUAAUUAAAUAUAUAUAAAUUAUAAAUAAUAUAUAAUAUGUAUUUAUAAAUAGAAAUAAACACAAAUAUAUAUUAAAUAUGUAAAAUUAAAUAUAUAAAUAUUAAAUAUUAAAAUAUAAAUAUUUAAUGUAUAUUUAAUCAUAUAUAAACACAUGAUUAAAUUAUAAAAUGAUAUUAAAUAUACAUCAAUUUUCAUGAAAUUGAUGAGCAGCUGCUAGGCAGGAUAACUGGGGAUUCAAUGUGAAAGUGCUUGAGUUUUCUUCAGAGCAGUAAAAUGGUGUAUGAUAGACCAAUUUAUUCCUUGAUACUGGUUAACCUUGCUGGCUUACAGGAAUUUUAAAUGGUCCCUGCCUAGUAACUUCUUUGAGGUUUAGUCAUUCAUUUUGAAUCAGUUGGCAUCUUUGACUCAAGUCUUUGAUAGUAUAUGCUUUAAUUUCCUGGGAACGAGAUAUAAUAUUUGAAAGAAAAAGUAAGAAAUAGUUGAAAAUAUCCCCAAAUUGAUCAGUUCUUAUGAAAAUACCUGUUUUCUUCUUGUGACUCAAAACCCUUCAGGAUCUGACCUUUUAGAUACAUAGCAGAUAAAAUGAAGUAGGUUGUCUUGCUUUGCUCUUAAGUGGUUCUCCAGAAGUCUACCUGGUCACACAUCAUAAAAAAAACCUUAUCCCCCUCUCUGAUGUAAAUAUGGUUGAAUCCAGACUUUGGUGUGAGGAACUGUUAAUUUCCACUUUCCUUGUCCUUGGGGGCAAAAGGGGGUGACUAAUACUUCAAGGGUUAGGUUUACAGGAGAGAGAAAAAUACAUAGUGUUCAAAAUGAGGUGGUUUUUUUUCUUUGAAGAAUAGAUGGUUUAAAACAGAUCAGGUAGUUGGGAGAUUAAAGCUGAACAUGAUGAUUAAAAUAGCAAACCUUAUUUUUUCAAGAAAUUUUGCAUAACUUUUAAUGCAUUAUGUGCUUCGGAGAAAACAGUUACUGGUUAACAGUCUCUUCAUGAAUUUUAGAAGAUGACAUUCCUUUUCCCCCAAAGGAGAGUGAGGUCCAUACUAAAUACAGAUAUAAAAGAAAUUUUGUAGAGCAAACAUUUUCUAAUCGAUGUGCUCAAGGGUGAGUUAAUGUCUGUCUCAGUUCAGUUAGUUCAGUUGCUCAGUUGUGUCCAACUCUUUGUGACCCCAUGGAUUGCAGCACACGAGGCUUCCCUGUCCAUCACCAACUCCCGGAGCCUGCUCAGACUAAUGUACUCAAGUCGGUGAUGCCAUCCAACCACCUCAUCCUCUGUCAUCCCCUUCUCCUGCCUUCAGUCUUUCCCAGCAUCAUGGUCUUUUCCAAUGAGUCAGUUCUUUGCAUCAAGUGGCCACAGUAUUGGAGUUUCAGCUUCAGCGUCAGUCCUUCCAAUGAAUAUUCAGGACUGAUUUUCUUUAGGAUUGACUGGCUUAAUCUCCUUGCAGUCCAAGGGACUCAAGCGUCUUUUCCAAUACCACAGUUCAAAAGCAUCAAUUGUUUGGUGCUCAGCUUUCUUUAUGGUUCGGCUCUCACAUCCAUACAUGACUGCCGGAAAAACCAUAGAUAGCUUUGAUUAGACGGACCUUUGUCGGCAAGGUAAUGUCUGUCUAGUCAUGGCAAUAGAGAGUAGGAUUAUAAAGGGUUACAUAUCCGUUUACCACUUAAUCAUUAGUAUCCUGCCCGGGCAGUCAGUCUGGGGCGGUGGGCCUGUGGGAUUGUCUCACCACAGCUUCUUUGCUAUACAUGGGAGAGGGAACCACAUCAGAGGCUGACAUUCCCGAGAAAGGAGGAUGCGUUAAAAACUCACAGAAUAAAGCCUUUGAAAAGGAAAGUUGAUGAGAUGAAGUGCUUCCACCACCGGCAGUGGGGACAGUGGGCCAGUAGCCAUGUAAGCUCCCACGCACCAUCCCCUUUUGUAGCUGCUGGAAGCUCUGGAGUCCUCUGACCUGCUGUCCUCCUGGUUAGACUUGUCACAACCUCAUUCUCUUCCUGUUGACUGUCGUCCUCUGAUUGGUCUGGAGUCUUGUGUGGUUAGCUGUCAGUGCCAGCUCCAGCCUGCUUCCCCGUAUUUAUCCAUGGGAGCUCCCGUGGCAGAAUGCAGGAGCUUCGUCAGGUUAAAAAUAUCAGCCAAAUAAGGACAUAAAUCUCUGUCCAGUAAGAACCUCAUCAGUUACCAAUUAAAGCAAGGCAUGGUAGUGUUUUUUUUUUUUUCUUUUUAAAGCAUAGUUUCAGUAAUAUAUAUAUUUAAACCUUAGACAUUAUAGAAAAAAAUCAGUAUUUGGGAUCUGAACUACUUGGCCAAAUUAACACUGGAUAUAGACCAACAGUUUCAUGCUGGGGUUUAUGGGCCUUCUAGGAGCACCCGUGUGCUGAAGGAAGGCAAAGAGCUACAGAAUUUCUAGAAAGUCUUAUAGUUGCUUCUGAAUAUUUUUUCCCCCGGCAACCCAGCAGUCAAAGCUCACGUUUUUGACAAUGAAACGUUCUGCCCAGGACAACGGCUCUCGCAACAUUCCUGAAGAUAGAAAGCUUUAUGUUGUGGAUUCCAUAAACGAUCUGAACAAACUAAACCUCUGUCCUGCCGGAUCACAGCAGCUGUUCCCUCUAGAGGAGAAACUCCAGGACGUCAGCACUGAUUCAGGAAAUGGAAGCCACAGUCUGUUUUUGGUGGGGCUGAUCAUCGUGCUGAUCAUCAGCCUGGCACUGGUUUCCUUUGUGAUAUUUCUGAUCGUUCAAACCGGCAACAAGAUGGAAGAUGUGUCAAGACGACUAGCAGCUGAAGGAAAGGACAUAGAUGAUCUUAAGAAAAUCAACAGCAUCAUCGUAAAGCGACUCAACCAGCUGGACUCAGAACAGAACUAAAGAAAUGAAUCAUCCAAGAGCAACUGCUAACACCUGAGCUUCUCACGGUCCAGGAAGGGUGUAGGGUUUAAGAACCACCAAGGGCAUUUCUGUGGGUCUUGAAAGGCUGAGUUUCUAUUACAAGGAUGGGAGCAGCUCCAAGGCAAGGGGGGCUGGGGGCAGCUGCCAGAAAGGGGCUCGUUUUGUGGCAGUGUCCUUCAGCUUUCGCAGGAUCAAGGGUGGCAGGCACGGAGGAGAAACAACAGUAAACAAGAAAGGGAAUUUGGCUCUGCCUGUCAGCUUCUUCUACCAAAGGAGAUUUGUCACCAAAAUAAGGUCACGGUGGCCAGUCAAGUUCAUGGCCCCGCAUGUAUCUUUAUGAACUCCCGGGAAAGCCUAAGGGAUUUGUUGAAUUGUUUGUAUUCAAAGGAAUCAGGUGAUAAUUCUUUUCAAUAAAACAGAUUCUGCUUAGGUGAUUAUACUUGACUCUUACUUCUUCAGGCAUGGGGGAUGGAUCGACUUAGAGCUAUUUGCCUACAGGUAUUUGUUGAUAGUAUUUAAGUGCAUAUGGUAGGUGGGUACCACAAGAGAGAGCCUGAGUUAGUCAAACAAUGUUUAUUGAGCUAUUGCUUUUUGCAAACCACUGUAUUCUACAGAAGCUUACAUUCAAGUGGGGAACAAAGGAGAUACGUAGUUAUAUAUAGAUAUAUAAGCUUUUUGACUUUCUGACAGGAAAAAUAAUCCUUCAGUACCCGCUGAUUAAUUGUGCAGAAAUCUAAUAUGUUUAUAGGUUAUAGGUUUAUUAAAUUACAGUGAGAAAUUAU